AUGGUGAACCCCUCGUGCCACAUCAGCUUGGAGAAAAAUGGCGAUAUUCGAGCCACCCCAUAUCCUGUACUCUCGUUGGGCAAACGCAACACCUUCUGCUUCUGUUGGGCCGGAAGCCCAAACAGGCGCUUGCUCUGGGCCUCCACAUCAUCAAAUAGGCCCAUUGGGACCCCAGUCCACACGUGGGAAUCUGGUAGGUCGCGAAUGGAGUUGAAAUCGAGCGGAACUAUGUGUUGUGAUUGGAGAAAAGGAGAAAAGAAAAAUAAAGAGUAUAACAUAAAAAAACAAGGAACAAGGAACAAGAACCCUAUUCUGCACCAAAGGGAACAAAACAAGAAAAGGUACGAGAAAAAAGAAGGCAUAGAAAAACUAAACUCGAUAGAUGAGAGGAAUACAGAACUUACUAAAUAUCUUCCAGAGGAAUAUUUACUCCCAUGGCAGAGAGGGAUUUCUUAUUUGGAUGUUUAUGUUGGAGGAUGGAUUUAA